GAAUAUUCCGUUGGAUCAUAUCAGUAUUUCAAAAAAGAAUACACUUUUGUUUUAACAUUAAACUUAACACGUGAAAAACAGAAGAAAGAUGACAAUAUCAUAUCCAUAAACAGAAAUAUAGACAAAUUUUCAACUUUCAAUUGCUUCGCUAUUUAUCGAAACUCUUGCAGAUGUUUACUGGGUUUAGGCUUCAAGAUGCAGAUUACAAAUGUAAUAACAAACUUUCAAUCAUUAACGAUUUUGCACAUAAUUUCAAUUUACCACUUCAAUGGCCGAUCAAACCAGACACAUCACCGGAAACCGAGGUCACUCCGGCGCCACUGUACACCCUUAUGUUUCCCGGCCUCCGAAUGCUGCACAGAAUCAACCCACAUUCAACUCUAAUCCAAACGCGUCAAGACUACGCGCCACUCUACACUGUUUCAUCAUCAUUCUCGUCGGCUUUAUCAUCACCAUCGUCAUCUUUUUCUUCUUUUCCUGGAUGUUGUGGCUCGAUCUUAACUCACGUCAUCCUCUGUUUCGUGUAGAAACAUUAACCCUAUCCAAUUUCAGUAUUUCGUCGAACUCACUGAUUUCCGGCAAGUUGGACGCCAAUUUCGUUGUUCGGAACCCUAGUCUGAGAAAUACUCUUUACUAUGAUAAAAUCGAAGCUGAUCUGUUUUACAAAUCAGAUUUAAUUUCAGUGGCUAUUUUGCUGCCUUUCAUGCAGGGAACCAAUAAUGAGACAGCGAUUAGGGCGACCUUUGCUUCUUUGACAGGGCAUGUCGAUGAUCGAGAUCGAGAUAGCAUCAUCAAUGGUGAGAAGAUGAUAAAGUUUAAAGUGGUGAUGAUAGUUAGGGUUAAGGCUAGUGCUUGGGGGGUUGGAAGGACGACCUUCAGUGUUUAUUGCUAUAAUUUACGAAUUGGGAUUUCUUCGAAAGGUAAUGGUGGAACUCUGGUUGGUGGUUCCAAGAAAUGCCCGGUGGUUGUCUAAGGCUCUAAGCGUGACUGUGACUUACUGAAUGGUUUUCAAGGAAAAUUCUGGUGUUCUUCAAUUUCUCAAUUGAAAUCUACUAUAUGGUGUUUAGGAUUUGCUUAUGUUUUUUCAAUUUAAAUGUAUAGUAGCAUAUAUUCUAAGGUUAGUAGCUUAUAAACUGGUUUAAAGAAAAGAAAAAAGAUUAGUUCUAACUAUUAUAAUUUUAGUUCAACUUAGUAUUGGAGCUUUAGUUUUAAUUUUGUAUUGUAAUUUUAGUUAAUUUUUGUAUUUUAUUACAUAAAAACUUUUAUGGUUUCAUUGGGUUGUAUGUUUAGUUGUAUUCUAAACGAACCCAUUUA